UUUUAGAACUGUAUUUACUGUGAAGAAUGUCGAUGAUGCACCUGAAGGUAGUGAUAAACUAUUAGAAGAUUUGGUUGAUCAUUUUAUGGCAAAAGCGGACAAAGCUACAGGCUCAAAAUCUGAGAAGUGUUCUAUCAUAAUAAGAAGUUCUGUUCUGGAAAAGCCCAUUCAAAUACCCUAUAGAGGCCUUGCCCAAAAUACACCUCAAGUUGUUAUGGAGCAAUUUGAUGCCGUGGACCAGAGUGGAAAACGCAUGGGGAGGCCUUCACUGUACAGUCAGCCUAUACAUAUUGAGGUGAAUAUCAUUCGUUAA